AUGAAGGAGACGUUAGAUGAGAAGGACCAUUCUCGACUAACGUCAGAGCGUAAACUUGCAAGGGCAUACCUCGAUGACGGACGCAUUAAGGAUGCGAUUGAGAUAUUCGAGCGUGUGGUGGCAGUUAUGAAGGAGACGUUAGAUGAGAAGGACCAUUCUCGACUAACGUCAGAGCGUAAACUUGCAAGGGCAUACCUCGAUGACGGACGCAUUAAGGAUGCGAUUGAGAUAUUCGAGCAUGUGGUGGCAGUUAAGAAGGAGAUAUUGGAUGACAAGGACCAUUCUCGACUAGUACUAGAGCAUGAACUUGCAAGGGCAUACCUCAGUGACCGACGCAUUAAGGAUGCGAUUGAGAUAUUAGAGCGUGUGGUGGCAGUUAUGAAGGAGACGUUAGAUGAGAAGGACCAUGAUCGGCUAGCAUCAGAGAACGCACUUGCAAGCGCUUACCUCGAUGACGGACGCAUUAAGGAUGCGAUUGAGAUAUUCGAGCGUGUGGUGGCAGUUAAGAAGGAGACGUUAGAUGAGGAGGACUAUGAUCGUCUAGCAUCAGAGCACGGACUUGCGUGCGCAUAUCUCGAUGACGGACGCAUUAAGGAUGCGAUUGAGAUAUUCGAGCGUGUGGUGGCAGUUAUGAAGGAGACGUUAGAUGAGAAGGACCAUUCUCGACUAACGUCAGAGCGUAAACUUGCAAGGGCAUACCUCGAUGACGGACGCACUAAGGAUGCGAUUGAGAUACUUGGGCGCAUUGUGACUCUGGAGGGUGAGAUACUUUCUCAUGAUGACCCAAGAAGACUGUUAUCCCAUGGCUUACUUACAGAAGCAUAUGGGAGAAUGCAGUUGUUAGACGAGACUACAUACAAAGCAUAG